AUGGAAAACGGAUCUAAUAAACCCUCAGAAGAAGAUCAACAUCUAGAAAAUAUUAAGAACAUCUCUUCUUAUAUAACUUCUCAAGCUUUCAAUGCUAAAUUCUCUGCCCAAAAUGCCAAAACAUAUAAAAGUGAAUGUGUAUCUUUUGCGGGACGAUUGCAAACCAUCGGUGAUAAAGUUAAAGAAUUUCUAGAUAUAAUAGAAAAAGAGGAUCGUGAGAUUGUCGGAUUGAAGUGGGAUUUAAAAGGAAUUAUUAAUGGAUUAGAAAGCGUUAAAGCUAUUAUAAUGGAUGUUCGUAUGUUUUUACAACAACGACAGCUUCCCGUAUUUCCCAAUGCUAAGCCCAAUGCUGCUGAAGAUUUUCGGUUACAACGUCUAAUUACGGAUCUUAAUCGACGUCUUGAUAAUUCUAUUGGUUCUAUAUCAGUUGCUUUUUCGCCUAUGAAAAUACAGAAAGAAUUAUCUAUUGAAGAACAAGAAGAGUUUUUGAAAAAAUUAAAAGAUGAUGUCGAAAAGGAGUUGAAAGUACUAGAAGAAAAGCGAAAGGAAGAUGGAAACAAAGACCAAGCCACCCGUUGGUUAGAAAUUGCGAUUGAACAACAACAUUUAAGAUUUAUUGAUUAUAGACAGAUUGUUAUUGACAAAUUUUUGAUGAAGGGAGGAUUUGGUAUUGUACAUCUUGCAUAUUGGGAUGAUACCCCUAUUGUAUUAAAGCAAUUAUUUGAUCAAAAAGAUUUCAUCGAUGAAAUAAGGCUACACAAGCGUGUUCAUGAUGGUGAUUAUAUAGUAAAAUUUCAUGGUAUCACUAAGGAUAAUGAUGGUAAUUUGGGAAUGAUUAUGAAAUAUGCGGCGAAUGGCAACCUUCGAGAUUAUCUAAAAGUUCACGGUAUGUCAUUAUCAUGGUAUCAACGAGUCCUAUUGGCUAAGCAAAUUGCAAUUGGAUUAUCGUUUAUUCAUCGUGAAAAAAUAUAUCAUAGGGACUUUCAUAGUGGAAAUAUUCUUGUUGAUGAAAAUGGUGGUCCCAUGAUCACAGAUUUUGGCUUAUCACGUGUGUCGGAUCGGGAUAAGCGUGCAUCUGUGAGUGAAAAAACUUUUGGAUUAGUAGCAUAUACAGCUCCGGAACGACUUAAAAAUUCACAAUAUCCAUUUGAUGAAAGAUGUGAUAUAUACUCUUUAGGAGUAAUAUUUUGGGAAAUUUCUGCAUGUCGUAAACCAUUUAAUGGUCAAAAUGACUCAAAUUUGGCGGUUAAAAUUAUGCUUAAUGAACGAGAAACAUUCUCUCCCGACACACCAAGAAAGUUUGUUGACUUGGUUAAUAGUUGUUGGGAUGAUGAUCCUUCCAAAAGACCAACUAUGGCAAUAAUAAAACAAUCUCUUAAUGAGAUUUUGAUGAGUUUGCCUAAAGAAAAUGCUAAGGAUGUUACAGAGCACGUAAUAAAUAAAAUUGAAAGAAAGUUAACAUUAUCAAGCACUUCAAAUUCGAAUAAUUCUAAUUAUUAUACAGCCACUACUAAUGAUAGUCAAUUAGAGAGUAAACAAGAAAUGGAAGAAAUUGAUGGAUCAUUAUAUUUGAGUGCUUUAGAAGAUGUUGAUUUAUAA